GGCGGAGCUUCCGCGUAGAGAGGCAUUCUAUGAGACCGGUGAGCCGGCGGCUGCAACUCCUCGCGGAGCCAAGGAUAUUGAAUAUCACAUUUAAGAAAAGAAAUGGAUGAGGAACCUGAAAGAACUAAGCGCUGGGAAGGAGGCUAUGAAAGGACAUGGGAGAUUCUUAAAGAAGAUGAAUCAGGAUCACUUAAAGCUACAAUAGAAGACAUUCUCUUCAAAGCAAAGAGAAAAAGAGUAUUUGAACACCAUGGACAGGUUCGACUUGGAAUGAUGCGUCAUCUUUACGUGGUAGUAGAUGGAUCAAGAACAAUGGAAGAUCAAGAUUUAAAGCCAAACAGAUUGACUUGUACUUUAAAGUUGUUGGAAUACUUUGUAGAAGAAUAUUUUGAUCAAAAUCCUAUUAGUCAGAUUGGACUAAUUGUAACAAAGAGUAAAAGAGCUGAAAAGCUGACCGAACUCUCAGGAAACCCAAGGAAACACAUCACAUCUUUGAAGAAAGCUGUAGACAUGACCUGCCAUGGAGAACCCUCUCUCUAUAACUCAUUAAGCAUGGCUAUGCAAACUCUAAAACACAUGCCUGGACACACAAGCAGAGAAGUGCUGAUCAUCUUUAGCAGCCUCACAACCUGUGACCCAUCUAACAUCUAUGAUCUAAUCAAGACCCUAAAGGCAGCUAAAAUUAGAGUGUCUGUUAUCGGACUGUCUGCAGAGGUUCGGGUUUGCACUGUACUUGCUCGUGAAACUGGUGGCACAUACCAUGUUAUCUUAGAUGAAAGCCAUUACAAAGAGUUGCUGACACAUCAUGUCAGCCCUCCGCCCGCUAGCUCAGGUUCUGAAUGCUCGCUUAUUCGUAUGGGAUUUCCUCAGCAUACCAUUGCUUCCCUGUCUGAUCAAGACGCAAAACCGUCUUUCAGCAUGGCGCACUUGGAUAGCAACUCUGAGCCAGGACUUACAUUAGGAGGGUAUUUCUGCCCACAGUGUCGAGCAAAGUACUGUGAACUUCCAGUUGAAUGUAAAAUCUGUGGUCUUACUUUGGUGUCUGCUCCCCAUUUGGCACGAUCUUAUCAUCAUUUAUUUCCUUUGGAUGCUUUUCAAGAGAUUCCUCUAGAAGAACAUAAUGGAGAAAGAUUUUGUUAUGGAUGUCAGGGGGAAUUGAAAGACCAGCAUGUGUAUGUCUGUGCUGUGUGCCGAAAUGUCUUCUGUGUGGACUGUGAUGUUUUUGUUCACGACUCUCUCCACUGCUGCCCCGGCUGCAUGCAUAAGAUUCCAACCUCUUCAGGGAUUUGAUUCCAGCAUAUAGUGCACAUUGUAUGGUUAAAAGGACACCUGCAACUGUAAAUAAAAUGAUUUUUUUAAAGGAA